CUUUUGUUUUGCUUUGAUCGCUGCUGUCAAGUAGUUUCUGCGGCACGAACAAGCUUCUACCGUCUCAGCACCGAAUACGGUGGUUUCAUUUCUAGGUUAGUGUUACUGUGACAAGGUGAGUCCCGGAUACUCAGUGUCACGCACAUCAAUAAAAGACCAGAAAGCGGUAUUGGAGUAUUGGGCUGAUUCACGUGUGACCAACAAGAAGACAGAGAAGAACCAAACCUCAGAGAUCUACAUACUGACUGGGGAGGAACAAAUGGAGUUUGAUAAAUUUGCAGUUUAUUUCUCGGAGGAGGAGUGGGGCUAUUUAGCUGAAGGACAAAAAGAGCUUUAUAAGGAUGUGAUGAUGGAGAAUUACCAGACCCUCAGGUCACUAGGAUAUGUUCCUGAGAAACCUUUACUUAUUACACAGAUUGAGAACAGAGAGGAGCCGUAUGUGGGCAAUUUUCUAAUUACCGAAGGUGAAUUUACAAAGUGCAGUAGUCCUAGCUAUGGUGAACAUACAGAUAGUUGUUUCAAUCUUGUUCAAAAUCAAAGAAGCAACAUGGAAAAUGUAUUUUCUGAAUCUGGGAUUUAUUUUACUAGGAAAUCGCAUCUUAAUAGACAUCAGGAAAUUCAUACAGGAGAGAAAGCAUUUUCUUGUUCUGAAUGUGGGAAGUGUUUUAUUGAAAAAUCAGCUCUUAUUAAACAUCAGAAAAUUCAUACAGGAGAGAAAUCAUUUUCAUGUUCUGAAUGUGGGGAGUGUUUUACCAGGAAAUCAACUCUUAUUACACAUCAAAAAAUUCAUACAGGCGAGAAAGCAUUUUCAUGUUCUGAAUGUGGAAAGUGUUUUAUUCAGAAAUCAACUCUUAAUACACAUCAGAAAAUUCAUACAGGAGAGAAAGCAUUUUCAUGUUCUGAAUGUGGGAAGUGUUUUACUCUGAAAUCAAAUCUUAUUAGACAUGAGAAAAUUCAUACAGGAGAGAAAGCAUUUUCUUGUUCUGAAUGUGGGAAGUGUUUUGCUUUAAAAUCAACUCUUAUUACACAUCAGAAAAUUCAUACAGGAGAGAAAGCAUUUUCAUGUUCUGGAUGUGGGAAGUGUUUUACUAGGAAAUCAACUUUUAUUACACAUCAGAAAAUUCAUACAGGAGAGAAAGCAUUUUCAUGUUCUGAAUGUGGGAAGUGUUUUACUGAGAAAACAAAUCUUAUUAGACAUAAGAAAAUUCAUACAGGAGAGAAAGCAUUUUCAUGUUCUGAAUGUGGGAAGUGUUUCAUUCUGAAAUCAAUUCUUAUUAGACAUAAGAAAAUUCAUACAGGAGAGAAAAGGAAGUGUUUUACUGAGAAAUCAACUCUUAAACAUCAGAAAACCCAUACAGGAGAGAAAGCAUAUUCAUGUUCUGAAUGUGGGAAAUGUUUUGUUUGGAAAUCAAACCUUAGUAAACAUCAGAAAAGUCAUACAGAAGAGAAAGCAUUUUCAUGUUCUGAAUGUGUGAAGUGUUUUAUUAAGAAAGCAGAUCUUAUUAGACAUCAGACAAUUCAUACAGGAGAGAAAGCAUUUUCAUGCUCUAAAUGUGGGAUGUGUUUUGCACAGAAAUUAAAUCUUAUCAGACAUAAGAAAACUCAUACAGGAGAGAAAGCAUUUUCAUGUUCUGAAUGUGGGAAGUGUUUUAUUCAGAAAUCAACUCUUAUUACACAUCAGAAAAUUCAUACAGGAGAGAAAGCAUUUUCAUGUUCUGAAUGUGGGAAGUGUUUUAUUCAGAAAUCAAAUCUUAUUAGACAUGACAAAAUUCAUACAGGAGAGAAAGCAUUUUCAUGUUCUGAAUGUGGGAAGUGUUUUGCUUUAAAAUUAACUCUUAUUACACAUCAGAAAAUUCAUACAGGAGACAAAGCAUUUUCAUGUUCUGGAUGUGGGAAGUGUUUUACUAGGAAAUCAACUUUUAUUACACAUCAGAAAAUUCAUACAGGAGAGAAAGCAUUUUCAUGUUCUGAAUGUGUGAAGUGUUUUACUGAGAAAUCAGAUCUUAUUAGACAUCAGACAAUUCAUAAGAAGAAAAAGGCAGCAUUCCAUGAAUCCAAAUGCGAUAAAACAAACAGUCUUUAAUGGAACAGGUUAAAACCAACACUCAAUGUACAGAAUAUGGACGAAGGAGAGGAGUCCUUGCGCGUUUCAUGCCGUGCAACAUUUAGGCAUAGGAUAACCCCACAUACACUGACUCUGCCUUAUAUGAUGAUUGCAUCUAAUCACCAGCCAUACAUCAGUUUCCAUGGAGACGGACACCAUACUUACAGAGAUACAGUUACAUGUUAAAAAUACAUAAACAAUGUCAGCAUUUAAACAAAAUUGUAGUUAUAUAUACUUCUAUGUAUAUUGAGAAAUUAAAUGUUUUUUAGUCUCAAAUAAAAUCAUAAAGAACCUUAUAGAUAGUUAAGUGCUAGUCACGGAAAGAUUAAAGGUUGAAGGUUAAAGUUGAAAACCUCACAGUUAAUGGGUACUCAAAUAGUGAACAGCUACCAUACCGCAAAUAUAUAAAAACAUUAAAUAUAAUAUAAUCAUUGACCCAAAUUUUGGAUCUCAAUAUCUGGAUUUUUAGAGAGAUAUGGUCUGAACUGAAGUUGAAAAAACUCAUAAAUUUGCAUCACCCGUAUUUAAUGUUAGAUAAAGUGUGUAUGCUCUUACUUUAGUGGCAUGAUCUUGUAUUGCAAAAUAAUGAUGGUGUAAUUAAUAUUGCUCACACUGGAUUAAAACACAUACCCAUUUUCAAAUGAAUAUACUCGUACAAGUACAGAUAACUCUUUACUCCCUUGGUAUACUCCUUCUAAACUACAUGAUAUCUAAUACUAGGGAUGCAUAUAAGUAUGUAAUAUGCAAAUGACAAUAACAAACUUAAACUGCUUGAAAUAAAAGCAACUUGUUCACUUUUGAAAACAGAUCACUUUAAUCUUGACGGUACUCUAGUAUUUAAUUUCAAAAUCUAAUAUAAUUCUUAUAUAUACUUAUAAUUCAGACAAUUCAUACAGGAAUCUGGGAAGUGUUUUACUGAGAAAACAAAUCUUAUUAGACAUUAGAAAAUGCGUACAGGAGAGAAAGCAUUUUAUGUCCUUGUGACGAGACCAAUCUCGUCACUGUGCAUUGGAGGGCCUGUUAUGGAACAUUCUUUGGGCUGGAGGUACAUGGGCUUAAGAAUACCCAGAGACUGCAUGGAAAUGUGGAAUUUUAUAUGCUGGACACCCCAUGUACUUUCAUAAUUCUGUCUUAUGUCCAUGUCACCCUGUAUCCAUAAAUACAGGAUGGGUACCGGGUGUGAGUGCACCUUGUGGGAGCAAUUGUGACUCUAUAAGCCAAGUGGGCAUAAAUGACUUUAUAGCUAAUAACUAUUCUUAUAUUCUGUCAGUACUGAGUUAACUUUGUUCAGCUUUAAGAAGCUAUUUUCUAAAGACAAGGUUGCUAGCCUCAGCUAUUGUGUACUGUAAUUAAGUUUAGUGAUAAACAUUCACAUUGUUUAAUCACAUCCAGAGAGCAGACGCCCAAGUGAUAAGAAGGACUCAAUUGGUUAUCUGCUUAAGUAAUGUAAUUCUAUUGUAUCAUGUCAAAGGGCGUUUUCCCUCUAUCUAAUGUACAGUAUUCUUUCAACCCCCCAUCUGGGGUCAGACCUGCAUAAAUACUGGGCAUAUAGCCUUCAAUAAAAGCAUUCUGUUUUAACCUUCAA